AUGGAGAUCCAGCAGGAUCUUGCGGCUAUCAGGCCUCUAGAGGGAGAAGUGAUUCCUAUCCGGACAGUCCAAGAGACCCAGCCGCCGGAGGAAUUUGCCGAUGCAUUUGCCGCCGAGGUCAAUGUGAAAGCAGCCUCAAAGGUAGUCAAAGCGCUCGAUGCAGCUUUCCCCCGUGAUCCCAACCUCUCUCUCGGCCAUCUGCGACGUUUCGUCAAGCGGGACAUGCUCCCUGGGCCGCUAAAAGCAGCAAUCGAGAAAGAUGGAUCGUUCUCCAAGAACCCGGCACUGACAAUCUUCGUCCUGAUUUCACCUCCGGUCCCUGACCUUGACAAAGUGCAAGAGAUUCUUGCCCCAUUCGCUCCACUCUCUUCACCUCCCGCGAGAAGUUCCCCUCCGGCCAGAAAUCCACCUUCUGAUGCCUCUCCAGAGCCCGGGAUCCCAAAGAUUAAACUCAUCUCUACCCGAGUUCCUACUGUACCCCCAUUCAACAUCACCCAAGCCGAGAGAUGGACCAACAACCUGUGGCCUGUCGUCUUCAAUGCCGCUGCCCCGCGCUCCACAAUCGCCCCCCCUCCUCAGAUCCUGAGCAAGGCCCAUGAGCAUAUCAGCAGACAGGCAGGAUAUUACAUCGCCCUCGCGCGAAAAAUCGGCGAAGAGGCAGAGCAAUCCGGCCGUGGUCGCGGCGUCGGCGCAGUGAUCGUCGACCCGGCCAUUGAACACCACAUUGACGCCGUCUCAUGGGGCCAAGACUGGAACCCCAGAGACCGAUGGAUGGAAGCAGUUGUCGCUGUGGCAGGCGACGCUAGGUACGGUCGCAGCGAAGCCGGCGCUCCAUCCCUGGCCGAGGCUCACUCCGGUGUCGUGCCCAACCCGGCCAGCACAACUUUCAACCCUGACUGGGAGGGCGGACCUGAUCUCCAUGCCCUGAUGCGUGCUACGGAGCUUGUCGCCCGCCGUCGUCGUGAGGAUUCGGUCCACGAAGCUGAUAUGGCGAACCACACUCCCCCGGCCAUCAUUGCGACGGACCCUCAAUUGUCUUCUCAGCUCAGUCCUCUUGAGUCCUACUUCUUGUAUGAUGCCGAAACCCCAUCUAUGUAUCUCCCUGACUACUCUCUUGAUGAUCUCCCUGCCGAUCCUCCUUCUUCGCCUAAGAAGCGCAAGCACGAGGAGCCGAACCCUGAGUCUCGGUCUACACUGGCAGAGGUCGACGUCAACAGCCCUUCUUCUAAUGAACCUACCCCCUUCGCACCCCUCCCUGCCCCUCCUCCCUCUUCCACCGCUCUUGCCGAGCCCAUCCCCGUGGAACCCUCCUCCCCAGACUGGAGGAUGGACCCCCUCUCCGGCACCAUUGCCCCCUCCCGCCGCAUCCUCUCCCGAGCCCAAGGUGGCUAUCUCUGCACAGACCUCGAUGUGUACCUCUCCCAUGAGCCGUGCCUCUGCUGCUCCAUGGGGAUUCUUCUUUCUCGCUUCAGAGCUGUGAUUUUCCCCCGUUCGGGCCGGAUGGUGAGCGGUGGUAUUUGCUCUGAGGCUGUGGGUCCUACCUCUGAUGAAGAUGGAUCCGCUAAGAACGGCGAUGACGACCCCAAUGCUGCUCACGAGGCGGCUGCUGGUCUCCAUGAUGCCAUCGACCAGGACAUUGGUACAGAUGUUGCCCCGGCAGAUGAUCGUUUGUAUUACGGACUUCACUGGCGUAAGGAGCUCAACUGGCGCGCCCUGGGCUUCGAGUUCGUCGAGGAGACUGACGGUGUUGAUGGAUAUGAGGGUGUGGCUUUCCAUGCUUAG